GUUCCCGUGCCCAUUCAAUCUUUUUUUUCCAUGACAAAUAGGGAAGUACUAUCUGUGAGUUGCUAGUGAGCCUCUUCAUUGGUUCUGUCAGACAGAACUGUCGUUGCGGUGAGAACCCCAAGAAGUCACUCAGUAAUGGCCUCAUCCUCCACUCCCCUCCUCCCCGAGGAGCAGCUCCUGUGCUCCGUGUGCGGCGACGUCUUCACCGACCCCAUCACCCUCCCCUGCGGACACAACUUCUGCCACUCCUGUCUCCUGGGCCUCUGGGACUCUUCCUCCUCCUCCUCCUCCUCCUCCUCCUCCUGCUGCUGUCCCCACUGCCAGCGCACCUUCCCGUCCCGGCCCGAGCUCAGCGUCAACAUCGCCUUCCGCGAGAUCGCCGAGCGCUUCAAGGCCACGCGCCUCGUCUCGGCCUCUGAGCCUCAGCAACGCCUCCAGUCCGCCGCCGCCGCCGCAGUCACCUCCACAUCGGCUCCCUCCACACCCGCCGCCGCCGCCGACGAGGUCCCCUGCGACGUGUGCACGAGCCCCCGGCUGAAGGCGGCCAAGGCCUGCCUGGAGUGCCUGACGUCGUACUGCGCGGCGCACCUGGAGCCUCACCUGCGGGUGGCGGGGCUGCGGCGGCACCGGCUCAUCGAGCCCGUGGAGCGUCUGGAGGAGCGGGCGUGCGCCCGCCACAACCGCCCGCUGGAGCUCUACUGCCGCUGGGACCAGAUGUGCGUGUGCCGCUUCUGCGCCGAGACCGACCACCUGGACCACGUCAUGGUCACGCUCGACGUGGAGAGCGUGGAGAAGAAGACCUCAAUGAAGCUGCUGGAGAGCGAAGUGAACCAGCUGAUUCAGGAGAGGCUGAAUAAGACUCAGGAGAUCAAACAAGCCCUGGAGCUCAGCAAAGAGAGCACUCAGCGCGAGGCGGAGGAGAGCGUGCAGGUGUUCCGGGCGCUGCUGCGCUGCGUGGAGGGGAGCCAGGCGUCGCUGGUGGAGGAGAUGGAGCAGCGGCAGAGCGCCCUGGAGCGCACGGCACAGCGCCACCUGCUGGAGCUGGAGAAGGAGAGCGGCGAGCUCAGGGCCCUCAGAGAGGAGCUGGACAAGCAGCAGAAGAACGACGACCACAUCGACCUGCUACAUAAUUACCCGGAGGUUAUGUCUCGACCGCAGGUGAAAGACUGGUCAGACACCAGAAUUUACACUGACCAGUGUGUGGGCCUCACCAGGAGAGUGCUGUCCAAAGUGGAGGAGAUGCUCAAGACUGAGAUGAAAAGAAUGGAGGAGAAUGAGCUGAAAAGGAUUCAGGCAUAUGCAAUCGAUGUGACCUUUGACCCUGAUACGGCGCACCCCAACAUCCACUUGAGCGAGGACGGCAAGCAGGCCGGGCGUGGCGAGACGCUCAAAGAGCUGCCGGACAUCCCAGCCCGGUUCGACCCGGUGCUCUGCGUGAUAGCCAAGCAGGGUUUCUCCUCCGGCCGGUUCUACUAUGAGGUCCGAGUCGGCAGCAAGACGUUCUGGGACCUGGGGGUGGUGUGCGAGUCGGUCAACCGCAAAGGCAUGAUCACGUCCAAGCCCGAGAACGGCUUCUGGACCGUGCGCCUGCGGACCGGGGACGAGUACCGGGCCCUCGGGUCGCCCUCGGUCCAGCUCGCCCUGCGCGGCCGACCCCGGAAGGUCGGGAUCUACGUCGACUACGAGGGCGGGCGGGUGUCCUUCUACGACGCGGAGGCCGGGCGGCACUUCUACUCGUUCACCGGACACUCCUUCACCGAGCCGCUCUACCCCUUCUUCAGUCCGGGCGUCGCUGACGACGGGAAGAAUCUUGAGCCGUUGGUUAUAACAGCUGUCAGUCAACCGAGCGGAUUGUGACUGUGAACUAUCAGUGUAGGCCAUGCAAACAUUUAUGCCAAACACAGAUUUAGAAAGAAAUUUGUAGUCCCAGUUACUCUGACUACAGUACGUUCAGAACGUCCACUCAUUCUCUAUAUGUACUAUAUAGAUAUUAUAUAGAUACUGUAUAAGUAUUAUCAUAGAUAAUCACUAUACUGUAUAGGGCACUAUAUUGUAAAUGAGAAGAUAUUCCAAACGCAGGGUCUGUGUUCUGUGUCAGGAAAUGACAGAAAUGUACAUUAUCACUCAUUCCACAUUUAACAAAUGAUAACCCUUUAAAUGAUUUACCCACAUACUGCCCUGGCCUUCCACUCCACACAUAUCCAUACAGUAUAUCAAUGAGGGCAUC